GUAAAGAGUUUUCAGAUAAAAAGUGAAAAUCAUCAGAUGGCUAAUCAAAAGAGAGGAAGCAUUGCAUUCUUCGCAACAUAUCGACCACCGGUGCCGCUCGACAUAUUCUCGUGCCCACUUCUACCGACGUCGAACAAGGAUGAGCUUCUCAUGACCGAUGGAGUGUCCUACAACUACAACGCCCAAGUCAUUCCACCGGAGGCUCUAAAGACAAUUCUCCAACGCCCAAAAUUGGCUUCCGAAGCCAAUGCGGCCGACGUAGAUGCAGGCCGUGUGUCGGGCACGAUCUUUGUCUCCGAACGAGGAAACCUCGAAACGCUUCACAUAGCUCUCCGCUUCAAUGACAACACAACGGCACCAAGAGUGAAAGUCUUUAGUUUGGCUGAUGUUUUCGGUACAAGCAGCUUCAUCGGUGUUCGCAUGGAAGAUAGCGGCUGCAUUGCCGGUGAUUAUCUCGUCUAUGUCACCACCAAAGACCCUGCCGAGCGUCGUCAGCCUUGGACUGCUGUUUAUAAAACCAAUCUUAAGACUGGAAAAACCGAGCGCCUCACCCCACCAGAGCAUGCUGAUUUAAACCCCUCCGUGUCACCGUGCGGAAAGAAGAUAGCGGUGGCAUCAUUCCAAAGAAAGGGUGGUUGGGAUGGAGAGAUUGAGGAUCUGGAGACCGGAAUUUUUGUGAUGAAUGUCGAGGGGCGGCUCGAACGCAGGUUGGUUGUAAGGUAUGGUGGGUGGCCAUCGUGGGGAAGUGACAACGUCAUGUUUUUCCACCGUAAGGUUGGUAAAUUUUGGGGUGUGUUUCGAGCUGAUUUCUGCAACCGCCAAAUAUGUCGUGUGACCCCUGACGGAAUCGACGCGAUGACUCCGGUCGCCAUCAACGCCAAUAUAGUUGUAGUGGCAACUAUUCGUGAUCGGAAAGCACAAUUCAGCAAUGUUCGUAACGUAUCACAAUAUCGACACAUUGAGAUUUUUGAUUCAACUGGAGAAGUGCUACAACAAGCCUUACCAAUCACUCAAAAAAUAAGACCGAAGGCCGACCAUUUCAACCCUUUUGUGAUAGAUGGUGGUAGGCGCAUUGGUUACCAUCGUUGCAAGAGUGAAAUUCUUAAGGGUGGAAAGAGUAUUCCAAGACAAUUCGACAAGCUCCAUUCACCGCAUCGGGAUCUUGGACUAUUUCGGGUGUCGGGAGUGUUUCCGACGUUUUCCCAAGAUGGCUCCAAGCUUGCAUUUGUUGACAAUGAGUUCAAGGCCGUGUGGAUUGCCGAUACCAAUGGGCUGCGUAUUGUUUAUGAUACGAAAGGCCCCGACAACAUCUUCUCGCCGGUUUGGAACCAAAAUAAGGAAAAGGAUAUUCUCUAUGUAUGCACCGGACCUUCUUUCAACUCCGCCCAAAGUCUGGACAUCUGCGCCAUCCCCGAAGUGUCCCGUGGCGCAAAACAUCGUAUACAGCUAACAAGAGUUUCCAACAACGCCUUCCCAUCCACCAAUCCAGCUGGGACGAAAUUAGUAUUUCGAUCUACGAGAAACGGAGGGGAUAAGAAAUACAAGAACCUAUACAUAAUGGAGAAUGCAGAAUUAGGCGAAUAUGGGGAUGGCAUAAUAACAAGGCUAACAAAUGGGGCUUGGACUGACACACAUUGCCAAUGGUCCCCAAGGGGAGAUUGGAUAGUCUUUUCUUCAACCCGCGACAAGCCAGACGAUGCACCGGAAAGUGACAAUGGUCUUGACCCAGGAUACUUUGCGGUAUUUCUAGUGAAGGCGAAUGAUCCGUCAGUGGUGGUAAGAGUGUUAGGAAGUGAUAGUGAUCUUGCAGGGCAUGUGAACCAUCCGUUCUUUAGUCCGGACGGAAAGAGCAUUGUUGUGACUGCGGAUCUUGCUGCGGUGUCUGUGGAUCCUAUCUCUUUGCCUAUUUUCGUGCACUCUGUGAGGCCUUAUGGCGAUAUUUUCAUUAUCGACAUCGACCCGGAUGACAUAAACAAGAAUAAGGACGUGGAGAAGUUCAAUCGCAUCACGCAUAGUAGAUACGAGAAUUCGACUGCUAGUUGGACCACCUUCUCGACUCAAGACCCGAACGCAGCAUGGAACCUGCAUUUUGACAGAGUCUACUUUCCGGCAUGCCCUUAUGCGCAAUGCGAUGGAGGCGAAAGUUGGCACAUGACCGGCCACCUUUGCAUCCCAAAACGAUGUUGCUGAGCUGAUUGCCUUUGUGUUCUUGUGAUCCAGUUUGUGAUCUGCAUGUGUUCUUGUGAUCCAGUUUGUUUUCAUUUGACUUUUUUUUUCUUUUUUAUUGAAAGUGUGUUUUCAUCUGGUGUGUGAUUUUUUCCUUUUCAUCAGGCGUGUUUUCAGUAUCUUUAUUACUAAAACUGAUCGUUGUUAUCUUUAUCUCAGUUAUUUUUUCUGAA